CCCUUCGCAAUCUUCUCAUCUGGGGUACACGCUACCACCCGGCAGGCUCAACCUCACGCAAACAAACCGACUAAACGUUUUUAGGUUCAUUAUUCUAGAGGUUUGCUACCAGUAGCCGGACAUUUUAAGGGGAUUUGCGGCGUGGGUGGUUAGCAACGGGUUUUUUUUCUCUCUUGUGUCGGUCGCUGCUGGAGGAGGAGGGGCUGGUUGGCUGGUGAGGCUUGCCAAGCUAGCGAGCGGCGCUACGCAGACUGGCUAAACAAGUUUAAAAAGAUUCGUUAAGCUGCUGCUGUGAGGGGGGGGAAACGAGAGAAAAGGUUAAAAAAAAAAAAGAAAGAAAAAGAAGUAGAGGAAAUCCCCCGAAAGGAAAUGCCAAUCGCAGCCGCUGGACAGCCAACGACCCAGGAGCCCAGAAUCUGCCCCCGGCUGCCCUCCUCCCCGGAGCCUGUCCCUAAAGGGGCUGAUUUAUUCGAAGAGGCGGGGGCGGCGGGAUCGGCGGAGCGUACAGAGUACGGGGCCGCCGAGGGGGGCCGAUUGGGGCUGGGGGGCUUCGGUUUCAGCCACAGCGGCGCUAGGAGCUUUGCACAGCCCGGAUCCACCAGCGGCUCUCCGCCGCAGUCUCCUGCCGCCUCCCCCUCCUCCCCUUUCCUCCUCCAUCUCUCUCACCCGCACCAAAUGGCUAUGGAGCCUCCACGGACUAGAUCGCGCUCUCGGUCUGGAUACUUCCAGCAGUACGGUGUUGGAAGUAACAACAGCGGAGUGACAGUGUCCAGCCCCCAUCUCCACCACCACCUCCAGCAGCAGCAGGUCGGUCACCAAGAGAACCAGCAGAGAGCUCCAGGAAGCAACGCCUCCCCCGGUAUUCACAGACUCCCCUCCGUGCCAGGAGUUCACCACGUCCCGAUGGCAGGAGCCUCUGGUGGAGCCUAUCACUGCCAUCCUGACCAUGCAUAUGGAGAGGAGAGUGAUAAGAGUGAGGAAAGCCCCAGUCCAAAGCGCCAGAGGCUGUCCAGUCAGUCCGUUUUAGAACAGCUGACCUCAUCUGUGCCCCUGCCAUCUACGCCUUCUCCCCCCAUCCGCCCGUGGGAGUCAGGACCUCCAAGUCGGAGGCAGCCUCACCCUCACACACACUACCACCAGGAGAGGUGCCUCACUCCUCCACGGCUCAGGCGCAGCCCACCAGCAAGGCGUCAACGUGGCCGUCUCACCAGACCCUCCCGCCACUUGCCUCUUCAUCACCACCCCUCUGCUCAAGGGCCUACACCUCGCCUGUCACCAUCUGAGCUCCGGGAUGAAAACUACCACAACCCGCUUCCCUCCACGCAUCAGACGUACCCUGCACACACUCCAAGCACUUAUUCUCUGCCUCCAACAGCCGCCGGAGGAGGCAGAGGUUCAGAGGAGCCCCGAGCCUUCCACCCCCCCACAUUACCGUCACAGCUGUUGCACCAUGCUGCCCACCACCAUGCCCAUCAUCAUCAGCAACAACAUCACGCAACACAACAGCAUCAAGGCGCCAUGGUCUUGGACUUGCAUGAUCGGCUGCAGCAAGGCAACGUACCAGUCUCCUACACAGUGACCCCUGUGCCUCCCCAUGGCCUGGCAGCACCAUUGUGUAGCAGUCAGCACAUCCCCCCUUCCUGCUCCUCUCAGCAGCAGGUCCCAGCCUGCAGUGUGGUCUUCAGCACUGGACAACACUACCAUCCGAUGUUACAGGCAUGUUCAAUGCAUCACUUGCCGGUUUCCUAUGCUUUCCCCUCACUGCUGUCUAGUGACCAUCAGUUCCUGAUCUCUCCUCCACCUCAUCUCCCCCAUCACCCGCCCCACCUGCCCACACAGUUCUUGCCUUUCCAGACUCAACAGCCGCGGUCGCCCUUACAGAGAAUCGAAAACGAGGUUGACAUUGUGGGAGAUCAGCUUCCCGUAGGAGGAAACUUCAGCUAUGCCCACAAUCACCACCACCAGCCUCCUUCCACUCUGCCUCCUUCUACGCCACUCCAGUUCCUUUCCCACCAUGACCCCCUGUCACAAGAGCUUUUCACAGUGCCAUAUCCCCAUUUUAUGCCUCGGCGAUUUGCAAGUCGUCGUUACCGCUCACAGCAGGCUGUGCCGCCGUCUCCCUACCACCCAAGUUUCCUACCUUAUUUCCUGUCAAUGCUUCCUGUUCCGCCAAAUGUGACUCCUGCCAUCAGCCUAGAGUUGGAUGUGGAUGAUGGAGAGGUGGAAAAUUAUGAGGCCCUGUUGAACCUGGCCGAGCGUCUGGGGGAGGCUAAACCCAGGGGUCUAACCAAAGCAGAUAUCGAGCAGCUUCCUUCAUACAGGUUUAACCCCAACAACCAUCAGUCUGAGCAAACACUAUGCGUCGUAUGCAUGUGUGACUUUGAGUCCCGUCAGCUCCUCCGAGUCCUCCCCUGUAAUCAUGAGUUCCACGCCAAGUGUGUUGACAAGUGGCUUAAGGCGAACCGUACCUGUCCUAUCUGUCGAGCCGAUGCUUCAGAGGUCCAGCGGGACUCAGAGUGACCGCUAGUCAACAAUUCCCCAUUCCGUUCAAUAUGUGAACUCAUUCAUUUUGGCACAUGACUGGGAUCACUGCACAGAAAUAAAUACCUAUUUAAAUUUCA